CAUGAGUCGUCCUCCGCUCCGCCUGUGCGCAAUUUGGGCCGCAUUGUGCUCCGCGGAUCCCGUCGCGCUCUGUUCGGUUCGCCACCGAAGCGGGGGCGGUUUUCGGUGUUUCUGGCGGGACUAUGGAACGAAUUUCCUGGCGCCAUUUCAGUGUGACGUGCUCAUGUUUUGAUGAUGGAUGUUCAGGCGUGCGUAGGUUGGUGUGAUGGGUUGCCCUUCUCUGAUUUUUUUUCUUUCCUCCGCGAUGCGUCUGCGCGGCUCUGCACUCCAGAAGCGCCAUGAGUGUUUUGUUUACUUCUGCUUCUUCUCUUAUACUCCCCUCUUUUGAGGCGAAGAGGACAAGUAGUACAUGGAUUUGGUUUUGUUUAGGAUUUCCCCUAAUGGCAGUCGGCUGGAUUACCUGAAUUUCAUGCCGCGCUACAUUCCGAUCUCGUGCGGCAUAUGCGACUUGUUUUCAUCUGGCAUUUCGCUUUCUCCAAUAAAAGUGUCCCUUUUUGUUGGUAUUCUCUUGUGGGGCUGUUCUGCUCUUUCGUCUCUGAUGGGAUGUGGGGCUUGAACCUAGGAGUUCGUUUCGGCUCUUCUUUUUGUCUCCUUCCUUGUUGUACUUUUACAGUACCCCCUAGUAACUUGAUUUUGUGAGACUUGAUUUAGUUACAUUGUGUUAAACUGCAGGCUCUAGUCGAUUUUCGUGGACUCUACUUUGAGAGGUUGCUCUUGAAAUGCAUAAUUGUACUUUCUUUUGCAUGGUGUCCUAGAAUGGAUGCUUCAGGCGUUCAUAAAUAAUAAUUGAGGCGUUCUGUUUGGUAUCAUUCAUCCGGAUCUGGUCCUAACCACUAGUAUGUUGUUCCUUAGCUUUAUGUCACUGUCUCAGCCAAGUAAUAGUUGCCUGUGCUACAGGCAGAUGCGUGAAAUCAAAUGUGCUUUGCUAAAUUGCAAAAUGUGUUAGUGAAUUUGCUAAAUUGCAACUGUGCUACAGUUUAGCAUGAUAGCAUCACUUCUCAGCUUAUAGCUUUCGCAUCUCUGAAAAGGUAGCAGGAGCACUGCUCAAUCAUAUGUCAAGUGGUUUGCUACCAAGCCUUUUCUAGAUUCGUUGAAGAAUUGUUGUAUUGUACUUCUGUUAAUGCAGUAUCAGGGAUCAACGGUAUCCUGGUGAGAUUACAGUAGAUUGUGGAGUAGUGACUACUGACUAGUGACCAGCACUUCUAAAGCGUGAACUAUGGGUGCGAGAUCAGCGUUACAAGAUGCUAUCAAAUAGCAGCUUUCAAUCUUUUCCAGUGAGCAUUCAGUUAGCAAUAGCUUGGAUCCAUUCACAGGCCACUUCAUCCCACCUUUUGCCCUUCCUUAGUAUGGUACAAAUGAAAGAGCAAACAUUGAGGGAAAGGCUAUGAACCAUGGGCUAUUAUGACUUGAUGAGUCUCUUCUAUAAGAAGCUUGCCAAGUCUGAGCUACCGUGAUUGGACAAUAUGAUCGCUGGACUUGUAAUUUAGUUGGGAUUGUUGUGUACAGUAUGAAAAUAUUGGCAUUCUAUUUCACCUCAAUCUGAGGCCUUUUCAUUGCAUUUGUACUUCCUCCUAAAAUCCUGUCUUUGCAGGCACUGUGUUCUUUCCUAUCAGUGGGAGGGCAUGAAUAACGUUUUUUUUAUAUUUUUUCCAGGUGGUGGCUAUAACUGUGUACUUCUUGCUUUGUAUAGCUUUCUAUGCUUUCUUCUCUCCAUUUCUUGGGAAGGACGUGUAUCAGUAUGUCGCUGUGGGUGUUUAUAGUUUUCUGUCAUUCUGUUUUGUCAGGCCUUAGCUGUGCUGAUCCUAUAUGUUAGAUGUACUGCGAUUGAUCCUGCUGACCCUGGCAUCCUGAUUUCUAUGGACGGUGCUCUAAUUUAUAAAUCAGAAGCACAUACAGACACUCAAGAUGAAGCUGGCAAGUCAGGAUUGAGAAACAGUGAGGAUAUCCCUAAGCAUAAUUCGUGCUUAGGUAGGAUUUGUUUUUGUUGUGCUGUUUUUACUAUAGAGGAUUGUUGCAAAGAGGAUGAAAUUAACCAACAAGAGGAUUAUGGUGAAGAGGCACUAUUUUGCACCCUUUGCAACGCGGAGGUGCGAAAACAUAGUAAGCACUGUCGAAGUUGUGAUAAGUGUGUUGAUGGCUUUGAUCAUCACUGCCGGUGGCUGAACAACUGUGUUGGAAGAAAAAACUAUAUCACAUUCUUAUGCCUUAUGGCCGUGAGUCUUGCUUGGCUCGCCGUUGAGUGUGGAGUUGGUAUUGCUGUUUUUGUUCGUUGCUUCACUGAUAAGACAGCCAUAGAAGAUCAGAUUGGAGAAAAGCUGGGGUAUGGCCUUUCACGAGCACCCUUUGCAACCAUUGUGGCCCUGGGUACAGCUCUUUCAAUGCUUGCUUCAGUGCCACUUGGAGAGCUAUUUUUCUUCCAUAUGAUAUUGAUCCGGAAGGGCAUCACAACUUAUGAAUAUGUUGUGGCCAUGAGGGCUCAGAGUGAUCCACCUGGACCUUCUGUCCAUGAUGAUCAGCAGAGCUUGGCAUCUUCUCCAAUGAGUUCUGCACCAACUGCUUUUAGUGGGAGCUCGUUUGCACGGCACUACAAAGGCGCAUGGUGCACUCCCCCUCGUAUUUUCAUUGACCAGGAUGAAAUCAUCCCACACCUGGAACCUGGACGAGUUCCUUCAACUGUUGAUCCUGAUACCACAGACCCUGGUGAAAGAGCCAAAAAUCAUCCUAAACGUCCAGUCCGCAUCAGUGCGUGGAAGCUUGCAAAGUUGGACUCAAAUGAGGCCAUGAAAGCAGCAGCAAAAGCAAGAGCCUCUUCAUCAGUGCUGAAACCGAUCAAUACCCGCAACCAGUAUGAGGCAGACAGUGAUAACCUCAGCAGCAGAAGCAGUGUCAUAAGUGCUGAUACUGGGCACCACAGAUAUCCUCUGUCUGGCGGUAAUUCACAGUACAAGCCCUCUUAUCCACCCAGCAGAGCAAGUGCAGAUGACAUCGAGCUGUAUCCUCGGACACCGAGCAGCUUCCAGAGCAACUCACGUACUGCAACCCCGUUAGCCGAGCACCAUCCCUCCAAGCAUUUCAACCCAAUCUAUCAGACAUCGGCAAACAGGUCUCCAUUCUCAGCGAAAGCCAGUGUCAACGAAGUGCCUAUCACCGAAACCAGCAACGCCAGGAGGCCCUACGCCCCACCACAAGCAGAAAGAUCUUCACGGUCAUCUGUUUACUGGGAUCAGGAAGCAGGCAGGUUCGUGUCCGCUCAGGCAAACCAGGGAUCCAGCUCUCGCUCAGGCCGUCCUGACCUUCUGUACACCGGGCAGUCUAUAUUCUUUGGCGGACCUCUGAUUACAGAUCCGGCAGCGAGAAGUUUCAGAGACCCCGGGGGUUCUAGCCAACGGUCUGCCGGGCCUCGGCCGCACCAGCUUCCGGUGUUUGUUCCCAGUGACCCCCAGAAAGAUCAGCUCUCCAGGUUACCAUGAAACAAACAGUUACCCUUUUUGGAGUAGCCUUCUGAAACACAUGUUUCUCUGCUCGGUUAUUUAAUGUAUAGUUGUUAGAUCUUACAUCUGACAAAUUUUAGGUCAUGGUUUUUUGUAUCCAGUCGAUGGAAACUGAGGUUACUCUAGGCAUUGGCAACCUUUUAACACUAAAGUCAUGGAAGUGAUGAGGAGCCCUAUUUCUAGUUUUUAGAACUAGUGAAGUGAUAAGGAUGUUCUGUCACCAUUAGCUUGACCAGAACAAGCCGAUAACUACAAAUGCGAAAAAUCUAUUGGCUAAUCUGGAUCAAUUUUCCCCUA